UGCGGAGCGAAGCCGCGCCGAGACAAAAGACAAGCACGCUGCGUGUGUGUGUGUGUGUGUUUGUAUGUGUGUUUCUCUAUAUGUGUGGGAUGGAUCCACUCAGUGGAGGAGACACAGACGCACCGCUGCUUUCUGUCUGUCCCCCCAACACCACCCCCUCCUCUCUUGUUUGUUUAUUUAUCGCGGUUUUCCUCCAGAAGGCCACAUUGCAACUUCUCCUCCAUCAUCUGGAAAAUCCUCUCUUUUUUUCCCUCCUCUAGGGGAUUAUAACGGCCCGGCUGGCCGAUGGGCGACUUCGCAACAUGGCCGAUGCUUUUCUUCUUACUUUACUGAUACCAUAUUACACAUAAUUCCUUCUGAUUUCUUCUCUAAUGUGCCCGUGUUGUGCUCGAAAGACGCGAUUUAUUCUGUGUGACUCACGGCUUGUAUUUCUCUCAUUCAGCAAAAUGUUCAUCGGGGGUCUGAGUUGGCAGACAACACAAGAGGGCUUGAGGGAGUACUUCUGUAAAUUUGGCGAGGUGAAGGAGUGCAUGGUGAUGCGGGAUCCCGUUACCAAGCGGUCGAGGGGGUUCGGGUUUGUUACGUACGCAGAACAAGCUGGUGUGGAAAAGGUUUUGGCGCAAAACAGACACGAACUGGAUUCCAAAACGAUCGACCCAAAGGUGGCAUUUCCCCGCCGAGCUCAGCCUAAGCUGGUGACCAGGACAAAGAAGAUCUUUGUUGGAGGACUGUCAGUCAAUACCACCAUCGAAGAUGUGAAGCAAUACUUCGACCAGUUUGGAAAGGUCGAUGAUGCCAUGCUCAUGUUUGACAAAACAACCAAUAGACACAGAGGUUUUGGUUUUGUCACCUUUGAGAAUGAAGAUGUGGUGGAGAAAGUGUGUGAGAUCCACUUCCAUGAGAUCAACAACAAAAUGGUGGAGUGUAAGAAAGCCCAGCCCAAGGAGGUGAUGACUCCAACAGGCUCAGCCAGAGGCCGUUCCAGAGUGAUGCCUUAUGGGAUGGACGCCUUCAUGCUGGGUAUUGGCAUGUUAGGUUACCCAGGUUUUCAGACUACUACCUACACCAGCCGCAGUUACUCUGGAAUUGCUCCUGGAUACACUUACCAGUUCCCAGAAUUCCACUUAGAGAGGACCCCCCUCCUGACAUCAUCCCACCCUCCUGAGCUGACAGCCAUUCCCCUGACUGCAUAUGGACCAAUGGCAGCUGCAGCAGCCGCUGUAGUUAGAGGCUCCACCCCUUCACGCACAGCUGGCUUCCUGGGUACCAGCAGCCCUGGACCAAUGGCUGAUCUGUAUGCUGCAGCCAAUCAGGAUUCAGGAGUCAGCAGCUACAUCAGUGCUGCUAGCCCCGCCCCUAGCACAGGGUUUGGUCACGGUCUCGGGGGUCCUCUGAUUGCUACUGCAUUCACUAAUGGCUACCACUGAGAAGACUCAGGUCACUGAGGAUUGGAGGGCUUCUCCUCUGCUGUUGAGCUAAUCAGAAUGCUGGCUGCCCAUUGAUGGCACAAGCUGAUUGGCUGGCCACACGCUCUACCAGGCUCUCCGGGUUCCACGUGGCUCCACCCACCGACUGAAUAUCUUUUUAAAACCAGAACUGUUGUUUUGCUGUACUAAUUUCACUUCAACAUAACGUUCCCCCAUUUCUCCUCUUUUGUCCUCAUGUAGUGUAACAACCUAGAUCUCCCCUCAGUUAUCCGCUUCUGUUCUUUUUAAAAGCUGAAAGAAGAAAACUGCAAAAAAAAAAAAAAAAAUCUCUGAGAAACCGCCACCUUUCAGUAAGACACAGAGAACUAUCUUCAGUUUUUUUAUUAUUAUUAUUAUUAUUAUUAUUAUUAUUAUUAAUAUUAUUAUAUAUUUCAAUGUGAUAUGUCAUUUCAUCAUGAAAUCCUUUCAAGCUGUUACUUGUGAACAGAUAGAGAAAAACUGUGCGAGAUGGGUCUUUGUCUGAGACACAUUUUUAACAAAGGAAGAACAAAUCCAACAAAGUCCUUUUUUUACAGUCAAGUGUAACAGAAACAUGGAAAAAAAAACUAAAAUGUAUAUUUUGGUAGUCUUUAAAAACAAAACCUUUGUAAUAUUGUUAUUAAUAUUGACAUAAUAAUGAUAAUCUGUAUGGUAUUUUAACUGUAAUUGGUUUUAAAGCAAUGUUUUUAUGUCUUCCUGUAAGAUACUGUACAUAGACUCGGGGUGGGGUGGUGGGGUUACUGAACUGGCUGGCAUGUAAUUGGUUGGUUUAAAGAGGGUUAACAGCAUUUUGACUGGAUGUCAUUUGCUACUAUCUGUGCUCAUCUCACUGCUUUUCAUCAGUAUGCGUAUGGAGUAUGCGUACACUGUGGGCCAGUCACAGCGCUGUCGACGAAAGCCGUUGACAAGUACGUUUCCAGAAGUUUCUCUGGUAUAUUUGCUGAAUUUAUUAACAGUUUAUGUUACAAGUCAUCCCUUUCACUUCACAUCGUGAGAAAGCAAAUUUGAGUCUUGCAUUUUCAUGAAAACUACUUCAGAUUAACACGAAGGACUUAUGGAAGAAUAACAACCUUAAGCUGGAUAAAUCAGGGGGUGGGGUUCAUGGGAUGGGUUGACUUAACUUCCUCUUUUUUUAAAAUAUUAUAUAUAUAUUUUUUUGUGCAGUUCACUUCUUAAUGUUUUUGGUUAUUGUUUUCUUUUUAAAAAAAGUUUCUUUUAUGCGGUGUUGUCCACCGUGAAGACAAAUGAAGGACAUUCUCAGAGAAAGCAGUUUUAGAAAAUUAAGAUCGUUUUCUGUCCUCUUAUCACUAUCGAAAGUGCAUGUGAUUGCGUCUGAGCGUGAGUGUGUGUGUGUGUGUUUGUACGCAUACAUCAAAGUGUAAUAUGGAACUACUUCUGGCAACGAAGGAGCAUUUUGAUUGCCUUUUUCUUUGGUACUGAAAAAAAAAAGAAGAGAAGAUUGCUCUGUUCCAUUUUGGUUCAUCUGCUCCUCUCGCCUGACUUUCUCCCAUUUCAUAUUUAGUUGUAAUAAAUUUGUGCUCCUCUGGAACCAACAUAUUGUUUAUAUAAAGUUGCUGCUUCAUGUGGUGGUGAACAGACAGGGCUUGGGCAGGGAGCCAGAAAUGGAACAGGGUCUCGCUCCCAGUUGGUUUUGAUAUGGGACCUCAGUAUGAGACGACGCUGGCUGGCAGGAAAAGUAAAAAAGCUGGAACAAAUUGAACCUUUGCAAAAACAAGUAGUCUGUUUGUUCAGCCUUCUUGCUGCAGCCUGUUUGAUGUUCAGCAAAGCAGAAAACUUCCUGAUCCAGCCAGUGGUUCCUCUUGUCAGACAGGCUGGGACACAAAAAAAAAGAAAAAAAAAAAACAAAAAACAAAACAAACAAAAAAAAAAAAAACUACUGCUGGACACCAACACUGUAACUUUUUAACUUACAAUAAAGCAAUAAGUUAUUUUUUACCUUACAAAUGAAAAUAGUACUAUUAUUGGUAAAAGCAGACAACAUGUGGAAAAUUCUGCGGCAUUAAGACUUAUUUUCAGAAAAAAAAAAAGAAACUAUAUUUUUCUGUUUUGAAAUCUUGUUCCCCUUGUAUAUUGAUUUUAAUGAAUUAUUGUUAUUAUUAUUAUUUUUUUGUUAUUUUGAUGUCAGGAAAGGGCCAGUGUUUUGAAUGGAGCUCUGCAUGAGCUCGGUUUAAGUCAAAGAUUUGGACUGUCCCCCACCAAGCUUUCCUUUUUUUCUCUUUUUUUUCUGACAAUUUCAAUUUGAAAAUCCUAAUAAAUUAUUCUAAAGUG